AGAAAAAGAUCUAAGAAACAAAACCUUUCCGCCAUGGACGAUUUUUCCAAAGACCUUACUCAGGACUUCAACGUCGGAGAAGGAGGAUCAGGUUCUAAUUUCGGAACAGCAGAAGUCUCCAACAACGUCGCAGAAGACUUCGAUCACGAUUUUUCUUUCGCGUCGAGGAACGAAUACGCCGCGAUAGGAAAACUCCAUGCCUUUCGCGCGAGUCACCAUUCUAAUGUCGGGAAUUAUGGCGCCGCCGCGGAAGAAAGCAAUGCGGCAGCCAGGUGUUACGCUGCGGCAGCGAACACCUACGAGGGCCGCAGGAAGCGGAAGCUGCCGCCGCUCGGCAGCGUAGGAGGUAGUUCACAAGGUGAAGGUGGAGCGGAGAGCAGUUCAGAAGGUGGAGCAGAAAGGUCUUCGUAAGGUGAAGAGAGAGAACGACCAUCAAUGAACAAUAAUAGUCGUUUAUAUUAUUUUAGUGUAACGAUGAACAUCGAGAAGUGUAUAAAG